GCGGGGCUGAUCCCUCACCCCCCUCCUCUGACAGCUGAUGCAGGCCGGCCGACUCCACACCAGGCAGCGCGCUGGAAUAGUUACAUCCUCUCUACACGUUUAGCUCGGCUUUUCAAACAGAGGACAAGUGAGACCAUGGUGAAUUUUUGAAAAAGGAAAAACAUGGCACAGAAAGACACGCUGCUGCACCUCUUCGCCGGGGGAUGUAGUGGCACAGUGGGAGCCAUCGUGACAUGUCCCCUGGAGGUUUUGAAGACACGAUUGCAGUCCUCUGGCCUCAGCCUUCGACCUGUCUUCCAUGUUCAGCUUGGUACCCUCAGUGGCACUGGGGUUAUCCGACCAGGGCCCGUCACUCCUGGGCUGUUGCAAGUCCUACGAUCAAUUCUUGAAAAAGAGGGACCAAGAUCUCUUUUCCGUGGACUGGGGCCAAACCUUGUAGGUGUUGCCCCUUCAAGAGCCAUUUACUUUGCUGCAUACUCGAAGUCCAAAGAGGUAUUCAAUGGGCUGUUUGUUCCCAACAGUGGAUUGGUGCACAUGUCCUCAGCUGGUGUUGGAGCUUUUGUUACCAAUUCUCUGAUGAACCCCAUCUGGAUGGUCAAGACCAGGAUGCAGCUGGAGAAAAAAGCCAGAGGAGAGAAAAAGAUGAAUGCACUGCAGUGUGCACGUUAUGUUUACAAAACGGAGGGAAUCCGGGGCUUCUAUCGUGGCCUUACUGCAUCCUACGCUGGCAUCUCAGAGACCAUGAUCUGCUUCCUCAUCUAUGAAACGCUGAAGAAACACAUCGCUAACAGCCAGCUCACCUCAGCGAACAGUGAAAAAGGGAAAGGAGCCUCGGACUUCCUGAGGCUGAUGAUGGCAGCGGCUUUUUCGAAGGGCUGCGCAUCUUGCGUCGCUUAUCCACACGAGGUCAUCCGGACAAGACUGCGCGAGGAAGGCAGCAAGUACAAGUACUUCUUCCAGACCGGGAGGUUGAUAGCCGUGGAGGAAGGCUAUGCAGCUUUUUACAGAGGACUCAUUCCACAGCUCAUUAGACAAAUCCCUAACACGGCCAUCGUCCUCUCCACCUAUGAACUCCUCGUCUACCUGCUCGGAGAUUCCAAGUGAAGGCUCCUUUGAAUUUUGGGACUUUUGGGACAAACAAUAGAUGCCACCCAGUGGGUGGACUUUUGGAAAAUAUAGCACUUACAGCUUUUCAUGUGGUGCUACACAGACUGUUAUGAAGGAACAGUAGCAGCUUGUAGUGAUAUCCAAAGAGCUAUAUACCUUAUUUAAUUAUAAAGCUUGUUAGGAGUUCAUCAAAAAUAAUGCAAGAAGUCGUGGAACUUAUUGAAACUCCAAACCUGUGGAAAAAGGUCAUCUUUGUAGGGGACUAGUUUUAAGUUAACUAAAUUAUUUUUGUUUUUGUUAUUUUAUGACUUCGUUUUCUUUUCACCAUUGUAUUGUAACACAGCUAAGGAGGUUGAUACUGAGUUAAAAAAGGAAUAUCUUUCUAAAGACAUAGCAAUAUCGCUGUUCUCAGCAAGGCAGUAACAGGACAGGCUACUUUAAGAUUUCUGUUAAACGAUCUGUUGAAUUACAAGUUUGAGCUACAAAGAGACUUGUCAUAUUUUUCCAUAAAUGUACAUAUCUGCAGACUUUAUCUGUGUGUUUUUUUUUGUUUUUUUUUUCUUGUGAAGAAGAUCCUUGAGUUUUACAAUAUAAGAAUUUGAGACUUAUUUGACCUUUGUCUCAAUAAAAUGCAUAAAAACAUCACUUAAUAAUGAAAUAA